GAGAGAGAAAAAAAUGGUGGAGGAAGCGAGCAACAAGCAGGUUAUACUAAAGGACUACGUAAAGGGUUUCCCUAAAGAAUCGGAUUUGAUUCUGAAAACCUCCAUUGUUAAACUGAAGAUCCCAAACCAAUGCUCCAACGACGCCGUUUUGGUCAAGAAUCUCUACUUGUCUUGCGACCCUUACAUGCGCGGCCGCAUGGCGAAAACGGAGGGUAGCUACAUUGACUCUUUUACCCCUGGUUCGGUUAGUAAAUUUUAUUAUUAUAAUCAGACGAUUACCGGAUAUGGAGUGGCGAAAAUCGUGGAUUCGUCUAAUCCCGAUUUGAAGAAAGGCGACUUGAUUUGGGGCUUAACAGGCUGGGAGGAGUACAGCCUUAUUAAACUAACACAGGGUUUAUUCAAAAUUCAGAAUGCAGAUCUGCCUCUCUCCUACUACACCGGAAUUCUCGGUAUGCCUGGGCAUACUGCUUAUAUUGGUUUUUAUGAGAUUUGUUCUCCGAAAAAGGGAGAAUAUGUCUUCGUUUCUGCUGCAUCGGGAGCCGUUGGCCAACUCGUUGGCCAAUUCGCCAAGUUGUUCGGGUGUUAUGUUGUCGGCAGUGCUGGAAGCAAAGAUAAGGUGGAUCUUUUAAAGAAUAAAUUUGGGUUUGAUGAUGCAUUCAACUACAAAGAAGAACCUAAUUUAGAUGCUGCUUUAAAGAGGUAUUUCCCGAACGGCAUCGAUAUUUACUUUGAGAACGUGGGAGGAAAGAUGUUCGACGCAGUGCUACUCAACAUGAGAGUCAACGGCCGCAUUGCCGUUUGUGGGAUGAUAUCGCAGUACAACCUUGAAAAUCCAGAAGAAGGUACUAGAAACUUGUUGUGCCUUAUAACGAAGCGAAUACGCAUGGAGGGAUUCUUGGUUUUCGAUCACUACGGUCUCUAUCCAAAGUUCUUGGAGAUGGUGGUGCCGCUCGUUAAACAAGGGAAAAUAACGUACGUUGAGGAUGUAGCUCAAGGCCUUGAGAACGCACCAAAUGCUCUCGUUGGGCUCUUCUCCGGCCGCAAUGUAGGGAAGCAAGUUGUGGUUGUGGCUAGUGAGUAGCUUGUUUUGUUAUGAAAUUGUCAUCAAGGACUUCCUUAAUUUGGUUUUUAAUUUUGUUUGUGUUGCUAAAUGACAUUGUCAUCUUUGUUUUUCAUUUCAUCUUGUAUUACUUUUUUACUAUUGGAGAUAUGAAUAUUAAAUAAUACAUUUCACCGAUAAUU